AUGGCCUCUUCUUCAAACCCAGUCAUCCUUCCUUCCGGGACAAACUCCGGCCUCGCCGUAAACAUCCACCCCCUUGCUAUCCUCAACAUCUCGGAUGUCUGGAACCGUGCACAGUUCACUUCCUCUCGAUCCGAGCCCCCCAAGUUGGUUGGCGCGCUGCUGGGCACAGAGAGCAAUCGGGAAGUAGCUAUCGUCAAUUCUUUCGAGCUCACUUUUACUCCCACUGGUGGAGAUGUCGAGAUGAGCGAAGGAGGUGCCGAGAAGGGUGCCUAUACUCUUGAUACAGAGUUCCUGCAAACUCGAGAGUCGCAAUUCAACGAUGUUUUCCCCAGUCUCAAGAUUGUCGGCUGGUACUCUAUAGGCUCGCAACCCACCCCCGAUGAUAUCUUCUUGCACAAGCAAAUUAUCUCAUCCACAUCCGAGUCUCCCAUCUUCCUGCUCUUCAACCCCCAUCCCGCCCCCGAGGCCCAGAACCUCCCCCUCAAUAUCUACGAGAGUGCAGAGGUCGCCGUCACGGGGGGCGCUGAAGCUGUUGAAGGAGGGGAUAUCAAAUUUGUGGAGCUGGGGUAUGGUAUUGAGACUGGAGAGGCGGAGAGAAUCGCGGUGGAUGGUGUUGUGAAGGGUGGAACGGCGGAAGAGGACAGUGCUGUUGGCCACCUGACAACGCAACGGAAUGCCAUCAAGAUGUUGUUCGACAGGAUAGAAAUCCUGCAAAAGUACAUCUCUGGGGUCGUCAACAAAUCCGCCAAACCCGACCACGCCAUCCUUCGCCAAAUAUCCUCCCUCGUCUCCACUCUACCCACCAUGGACGCCGCAGAAUUCCAAGACGAACUCAUGACCGAAUACAGCGAUGUCCAGCUCUCCUCCUACCUUUCUUCCCUCACCAACCAGCUCAACGCUCUCAGCGAGUACGGCGAAAAGCAUUCUUUGCUUUACGGCUCGAAGGAGGAUGAUUAUAGCGGCGGUGGAGCUGGGAUGGGGCUGCGAAGUGGGAGAGGGAUGAAUUUGGGCUUUGGAGGGUUCGAUUUGGGGAGCGGGGGCAGGCGACGAAACAGAUGA